AUGCCAAUCUCACCCUUCCGCUCUCGCAUCGGCUUUGGGCGCUCACAAUGCGUACCUGUACUCCGCAGCUUUACGACCACCAAGGCCGGCGAGGGGGCUGGAAGAGUGCUUGUCGCAAGAGCAAGAAGAGCGUUGGCAUCAGAACAACAAUCUCAAUCUCAGACUGCCAACAACCGACGGCGAGCUCCACCCCUACCUCCAAAUGUACGACCUCUGUGGCGAACCCGCACAUCGCCUCAACUAUGCCCGUUCAACGCCCGCAAAGUCACGACGGACAAGCUGGUGAGGAUGUACACACGCAGGCUCAACAGGAACAACCCGCUUCAAAUCAGGAAUCUUCCGGGCUUUUUGGAAUCUCAGGUCUGGAUUGAGCACGCCAACAACCCGGAUGGCUCAUUCAAGAUUCCGCGACUUCCGCUGGUGGGAUCACCCACCCCCGACUUUGCUCUUCUGAGGGACAUCUUGGCAAGCGCAAACCCGGGCAUUAUCGACAACAAGAUGAAGUCGGGCACUAGUCAACCCUCCCAGACGCGCGCCGUCUUUGACAUAUUUGACGACCUCGAGGCUGAGUGCAAGAUCACGCGCGGCGCGCUCCGGGCGAAUAUCCGCCCCUGGUCCAGUUCCGCGACUGGCUGCAGCAGUCCGAACGCGCACCGCUCCAAGCCGAUGUCAUGGGUACCCUUCAAGGCCUCGCUUGGCUUCGUCCGCGCCGUCUAUCAGUACAACCGCGCCCGGGAGGCGGCCCACGAACAGGGUAGCGCCAGCUGUAUCGCCGGGCUGUACGGCCUGGUGGUGCUAAAGGAAACGCUGUACGAGGAGUUUCCAUUCCGCCCCAUCAUCCGCGAUAUCGGCUCGUCUACGUACAGCACCAAAUCGUGCAGUCUCCGGGUCGGGGUCCGGCCGCUGCGUGCCGACAUGCGUCGCUACAAGCACAGCACCGUCGUGAUCGGUCAGUUGGCCGGGUACAGCAUCGUGACGCUGGUUCCGCCCCGGCUGAAAGCGCUCAACGGUCUGUCUCUGGAGUUUCAUUGGAGCGUGCCCAAUACGUUUCACAAUGACACCAUUCGCUUUCCGCUCGGCCAGACAAAGUUCGCGCUGUCGAGCAAAACGUGGACGCGCGAGUUGGAGAAUGAGCUGAAUAGCGCUGGCGACAUUCUUCUGUCAACCCUGACGCCUUUGAACGCGAGCGUCACGUGGUUCCUGGCUCGCGGCGACAUGGACGUCGAAGAGCCGGACGAACCCGAGGUCAACGCCUCGAAGAGUUAUGCUCCACAUGUUGAGAUAUAG